AUGAUACCUCAACGAAUCGUGCGUCAAUAUACUCAGUACUGUGAAGAGACUGGCUUUAAGCGUUUUAGUCAAAGCACGAUGUUGCGCAUUUUGUCUCAAUGCAGUGCGUCAGUAAGAAAGUCUCUUCAGGGACUUGAUUACUAUGCCGCGGAUGGUACACGAGCAUUUGAUGACCUGAUAUCACUGGUGCGUAAAAUAAAUGAAGUGGAAAGUGACAUUGAUUGGGAAAGACGAAUGAUCGAGUCGCUCAAAGCUGCUAAGCUUUAUCUAAAAGGAGACUACAAGGUAUGUUUUAAGCAAACAGAAAAAUUUGAUGGUUAAUUCAUUAAUAAAUUUGGAGUAUUGAUAAGUAUAGGUACAUUUCACCUCAGUUCCCGCCUAAUCGUUAGUUACCUAUAAGAUACUAGGAGACAUCACUGUUUACAAACAUUGUAAUUUGUAACGAGUGAAACAAAAUAGUCUAGUAUCGCUAUAUCCUCAUCCCAUGUGGGACAACGUUUGUGUGAAAAGCCUAUAACUUGGGUAGCAAGCACAUACAGGCCCAAAAAAUAUGAACCGCUGUUGAGGAGUGUAGGUGAUCGCCCGAAAUAAGUUGAUUGAAUGAGGCUUAUUGCUUUUGCAAUGAAUUGAUUUGUUUGCAGGUGCAUUUGGAGAAGAAAGCUAGCAUACCAGAUCACUGUGUAGCGUUUUCAUUGAGCGAUGCUAGCGAUCCCGACUACCAGGUGCAGUGCCAACACAAUCACGAAGAUAUCUGUGAGCAGUGUGAAGCGCUAAACGAAACUUUA